AUGAUAAGUAAGCUCAGUCUCUAUCUCGAUAAUCACCAAUACGAGAAUGUGCCUUCUUUAAUAAAGAUCAUAAAGGAAAAACUCAAUAAUUUUGAUUCAGAGUUCAAAGGUUUAAAACUUACAUAUCUACCAGAAGUCUGUGCUUAUGAAAUUGAGUAUUUAUCUCAACAGAGACCGCUUAACAUCAAUCGCUUACGACAGCUUCAUCGUGAAAGUCUUCGUGUCUCAACAGUCUUGACCCAUCCACGUAUUUUAGGAAUUAUAAAGGAAUGUGGUGGAAGACUCAAAUUUUAUCGGGAUAACUUUGAAAAGGCCAGAUUGGACUUUUAUGAAGCUUUCAAAUGUUACGAUGAAGUUGGUUCACAACUGAAGAACCAAAUACUAAAGUAUGUUAUUCUAUGCAGCAUCGUGACAGACCACGAAGCCAAUCCCUUUGAAUCACAAGAGACCCAAGCAUAUACUCAGUUAUCGGAUUAUGAAAACUUGGUUGCACUUUAUGAUGCGUAUGAAUGUUUAAAUUUGAGGAGAUUGCAGGAAGUCAUUAAUGAUUUUAAGCUUAGUUCUGAUCCGUUAGCUAGUGACGAUAUCUUUUUGAAAUCUACUGCCUUAAUUCUUGAUAACUUAAAAUCAAAGAUCUUAGUUCGUAUUCUUAGCUCCUUCAAGUCAAUAAGCUUUGAUACUUUAACUAGACUUCUUGAAAUUGAAUUGAAUGAUUUAGAUAAGCGAAUCACUCAUUUAGUAAGUGAAGGGGUUAUAUUUGAUAUUAUGGUAGAUUAUGUGAGUAAGGUUAUUUUCACAGGGGUCACCUCAAACAAUAUAGUUACAGUUGACGCAUCAAGCGUUCUUACUAAUACUAAGAUUUUGGAUGGCUUGAAGUGGUUUGAGUUUUCUGAUUUCGUUAAGUCUAUGAAUCCUAAAAGUACAGAAAUGGUCACUUCGACAUUAUCAUGUAUUGUUUACACGUUUAGCGAUAGUGGUAUUUCUGAGCAACUUGAAGAAUGGUUGCGUGUAAUAGUUACUGGUAUACCUACCAAACGAAGAAAUGGUUUAAGUCAAAAAGACCAAGUGUUGUAUGAAUUGGCUGUUGAUUCCGCCAAUAAUAGAAAGGACGAUAAUAAUAAUAAUAAUAAUAAUAAUAAUAAUAAUAUAGAAGGUCAAAACUCAUCUAGAGCUUUAAAGAAUACCAAUGCAGGCAUUUUGGGAUCUGCUCUCACAAUGGAUGAUGAUGAAGAAGAAGAUCCAGAUCAAAACGAGGAUACUAUCAGUCCAGAUAAAGCAAUUAGAGAAUGGUGCAACGCGUUGAACGAUAUUCGUAGAGGCUUUUGA